AUGGAGGAGAGGGCUUUUCUUGUCGAGCGAGCUGCUUCCCCCGCGGCGGUCAAGAUGACACCCUCGCAAACUACGCCGGCUCCACGUUUUCAUCGAUCAAACUCGUCAACAGGCUCGAUACGCGUUCUUGCUACUCCUGCAGCAGCCGCUGCCAUAGCCUCUCGACCCUCGACCCGUCGAUCUACACUUCCUUCACGCUCGCCUUCACUUUCUGCCUCGACCUCCACGAAGUACGUCCCCAUCCUCCCGCCGCCGCCAGCCUCUCCGACCGCCGCUCCCGUUCCCAUCUUCACCCGCCAAAUCACAUCCCCCGGGCUCGACGUGAACAAGCCUCUUCCGAACCCCUACGAGCAGUACCGCCCCGAGAGCAUGUGGAUGCUCGAGACCCCCGCGGACGACCUUGUGCGCUCGCUCCCGAACCCGUACGCGCCUUCCGGGUCCACGGACGGGCACGAGCGCGAGGCAGCGCGUGCGGACUCCCCGGAACCGUACGACCGCCUCCCGCCAGUGCCGCCGCUGCGGCUUGGCCAGGGCAAGCGUGGCAGCGCGUCCGACUUUCAACUUCAGGGGUCGCCCACGCCGACGGGCCCGAAGCGGCCACACCCGCUCCGCAUGGCCUCGAACACAAGCAGGUCGUCCGGCGACGAGUGUGCGGCACAGGAGGGCGCAGCAAGUACGGCGAUGUAUGUGCUCCCUGCGAUGGACUUUUCGGCAGCGUCGCUCGCGCUCGGAGAGGAGUCGCGGGCGUCGUCGAGGGCGUCGCAGCGCACGGUGACAGGGAGGACCGCGCGGUAG